AUGGAAAAUCAUCAAUAUGGGAAGUUGCGUGGGCGUCCGCUGACGGAUUCCUUACCAUGGCACCGCAUUGUAGAAUCCGAGAGGACCAAGAUGAAGCUGCAACUCCCCGACCUCGCCUUUGGAUCAGAUGAGCCUAUUCGUCCCAGUGGCCACAGAGUGCCGGAGCACACCACGGGGUAUCAGGACCAUUUGACGGCUUUCACAGAUGAUGCACAUGGGUUGAAUCUUGCUGGUGCGGUUGAGCAACAGUCCGUUGGCGUCGUUAGUGGCCCUACACAGUUUUGA